CCCAAACCCCUUUUCGCACCACCCAUUUUCAUUUAUUUACCACAACUGCAGCUCUCUCUGUCUCUCUGUCUCUCUCUCUCUCUGUGGUUAUAGAUUCGGCGCACCUGUCGCCGUCCGGAAGCCCCGCAGCGCACCCGCCCCGAUCGCCCGGCGAGAGCUCAACGGGAAGAAGCCAUUUGACUUGCCGCCCAAUACUAUAUUGCUACGCCCCGAUCGAGCGGAGUCCAGCCGGGGGGGCACGCAGACGUCGAGGCGGAAAGAGAGGACCAAAGGGAGAGCCGUGUCGCCGACGACGACCGACGGACAGACGGAGCAGCCGGCCCAAAGAUCCUCUUAUUCCCCCUUCCUUGCCGGUUCCGGCCAAAGCACCACCGCAGACGGCGGGGUUUGGUACUCCCUACUCGUUCGUCUUCGCCUCAGCGUCAACGCCUGUAGAGUGCGGAGCUUAUUCUCUCGCCGGCGCGGCGUGCUCGAUCGGCUUAGCUUCCGCCGGAGCCGGACAAGCAGGCAGCGGAUGGGCUGCGUGUCGUCGUCGCCGGGGCGGUCCAGGCGCGCGCCGGGGUACGAGGACCCGGCCGUCCUCGCCUCCCAGACCUCCUUCACGGUGAACGAGGUCGAGGCGCUCUACGAGCUCUACAAGAAGCUCAGCUACUCCAUCUUCAAAGACGGCCUCAUCCACAAGGAGGAGUUCCAGCUCGCUUUGUUCAGGACCAGCAAAGGGCCGAGCCUGUUCGCCGACAGGGUGUUCGACCUCUUCGAUCUCAAGCGGAACGGCGUCAUCGAGUUCGGCGAGUUUGUGCGCUCGCUCAGCAUCUUCCACCCCAAAGCUCCUGAAUCGGACAAGGCCGCGUUUGCAUUCAAGUUGUACGAUUUGAGGGGGACAGGCUACAUCGAGAAAGAAGAGCUUCGGGAGUUGGUGGUGGCACUCCUCGACGAGUCCGACCUGUGCCUCUCCGAUAGCGCCGUUGAGGAGAUCGUCGACAAUACGUUCAGUCAAGCAGACUCGAAUGGCGAUGACAGGAUAGACCCCAAGGAGUGGGAGGAGUUCGUCAAGAAGAACCCAGCAUCGCUCAGGAACAUGUCACUGCCCUAUCUUCAGGACAUUACGACGGCGUUUCCGAGCUUCGUGAUGCAUUCGGAAGUCGACGAUUACAGCGGAAUCAGCAAAUAAUAACUUGCCUUGAUGCCUUAUGAUCUGUCCCGGGAGGCCAUGCGUUCAGAAGUGCGUGAGCUGCACCUCGAAAAUCCGGAGCUCGAACGGGGGGAGAAAACACGGGAAUCAAUCUGGGAGCAGCUGGUGAGCUUGAGACGAUGACCAGAUAGACAACGACUUCUUGUUGAUGCGAGAUGGGCGUCAGACUAUGAGAAAGGGGCUGUGUACGGUGUACCUACGUCAAGUGUGCAUAGAGGUUGUCGAAACACGGAGCAGUGACGAGCGGUUUUGGUCAUUUUGGCUGUUGGGCACUGUUACUAGCUUCGUAUCUUUUGGCUUAUGAGGGGCAACCUCCUGUAGGUAUGGUAAAAUGCCAGAGGAUGUAUGUUGUUUCUUUAGUUGCUUCGAUGCAUCGGUGAUGCAUCAAGAGAUUGUAAUAGAGCACAAUAUGAUGUAUUCUCUUCCUUCCUAAAUAAAAGUCUUUUUAAAGGUUUCA